CGAUCUGAAUAAUUGAGGAGCGAUUCAGCAGCAGCCGCUGCCUCCUGCCUUCCUUUAUCACCACCACCGCCUCCAUCUCAGCUGUAAGUGCAGACCGCCGGACAUUAGCAUCCAAUCCAGACCAUCACCUCCAGCCCCUCUGAGGUUCAUGCCCAAGACCAGGCUGCCGUGGCUCCCACUGGGCCUUUCUUAAAGGGACAAGCACUAAUUGCUCCAUGAGUUCCAGAAUCAUCCACUGAGGCUUCCAUAGUCCUUUUCCAUCCGCAAGCCUUCACUGCAACGCUACUGUUCAAGAUGAGUGGCUUUCUGUCCUCACUGGACCCCCGGCGGGUACAGUGGGGGGCUGCCUGGUAUGCAAUGCACUCUCGGAUCCUGCGCACCAAGCCGGUGGAGUCCAUGCUGGAAGGAACUGGGGCCACCUCAGCGCACGGUACCAAGCUAGCCCAGGUGCUCACCACUGUAGACCUCAUCUCUCUCGGAGUCGGCAGCUGUGUGGGCACGGGCAUGUAUGUGGUGUCUGGCCUGGUGGCCAAGGAGAUGGCAGGACCUGGGGUCAUCGUGUCAUUCAUUAUCGCUGCUGUCGCAUCUAUUUUAUCAGGUGUGUGCUAUGCAGAGUUUGGAGUUCGAGUCCCCAAGACCACAGGAUCUGCCUACACCUACAGCUAUGUCACUGUUGGGGAGUUCGUGGCCUUUUUCAUUGGCUGGAACUUGAUCCUGGAGUACCUGAUAGGCACUGCAGCUGGUGCCAGUGCCCUGAGCAGUAUGUUUGACUCCCUGGCAAACCACACCAUCAGCCGCUGGAUGGUGGACACCGUGGGAACCCUCAACGGCCUGGGGAAAGGGGAGGAAUCAUACCCAGACCUUCUGGCUCUGGUGAUUGCGGUCAUUGUGACCAUCAUUGUGGCUCUGGGUGUGAAGAACUCCGUGGGCUUCAACAACGUCCUCAAUGUGCUGAACCUGGCAGUGUGGGUGUUCAUCAUGAUCGCAGGCCUCUUCUUCGUCAAUGGCAAAUACUGGGCUGAAGGCCAGUUCCUGCCCCACGGCUGGUCAGGGGUGCUGCAGGGAGCAGCCACGUGCUUCUAUGCUUUCAUUGGCUUUGACAUCAUUGCCACCACUGGCGAGGAAGCCAAGAACCCCAACACAUCCAUCCCGUAUGCCAUCACUGCAUCCCUGGUCAUCUGCCUGACAGCGUAUGUGUCUGUGAGCAUGAUCUUAACUCUGAUGGUGCCCUAUUAUGCCAUUGACACGGAGUCCCCGCUCAUGGAGAUGUUUGUGGCCCAUGGCUUCUAUGCUGCCAAGUUUGUAGUGGCCAUUGGGUCAGUGGCAGGACUGACCGUCAGCUUGCUGGGUUCCCUCUUCCCCAUGCCCAGGGUCAUUUAUGCCAUGGCCGGUGAUGGGCUGCUUUUCAGGUAAGGGGUUCCUGGCUCAUGUGAGCUCCUACACAGAGACGCCAGUGGUAGCUUGCAUCGUAUCAGGAUUCCUGGCGGCUCUCCUCUCCCUGCUGGUGAGCCUGAGGGACCUGAUAGAGAUGAUGUCCAUCGGCACGCUCCUCGCCUACACCCUGGUCUCUGUCUGUGUCCUGCUUCUUCGUUAUCAGCCUGAGAGCGACAUCGAUGGUUUUGUCAAGUUCCUGUCUGAGGAGCACACCAAGAAGAAGGAAGGCAUCCUGGCUGACUGUGAGAAGGAAACUUGUUCUCCCGUGAGUGAAGGGGAGGAAUUUUCCAGCCCAGCCACCAACACCUGUGGGGCCAAGAACCUGCCGUCCUUGGGAGACAAUGAGAUGCUCAUAGGGAAAUCGGAUAAGUCCGCCUACAACGUCAACCACCCCAACUAUGGCACCGUGGACAUGACCACCGGCAUAGAAGCCGAUGAAUCAGAAAACAUCUAUCUCAUCAAGUUGAAGAAGCUGAUCGGACCCCGUUACUACACGAUGAGAAUCCGGCUAGGGCUUCCAGGCAAAAUGGACCGGCCCACGGCAGCGACCGGGCACACAGUGACCAUCUGCGUGCUCCUGCUGUUCAUCCUCAUGUUCAUCUUCUGCUCCUUCGUCAUCUUUGGCUCCGAGUACAUCUCAGGCCAGAGCUGGUGGGCCAUCCUUCUGGUUGUUCUGAUGCUGCUGCUCAUCACCGUGCUGGUGUUCGUCAUCCUGCAGCAGCCAGAGAACCCCAAGAAGCUGCCGUACAUGGCCCCCUGCCUCCCCUUUGUGCCUGCCUUUGCCAUGCUGGUGAAUAUCUAUCUCAUGCUAAAGCUCUCCACCAUCACAUGGAUCCGGUUUGCGGUCUGGUGCUUUGUGGGUAUGCUCAUUUACUUUGGGUAUGGUAUCUGGAACAGCACCUUGGAAAUCAGCGCCCGAGAGCAGGCCCUGCACCAAAGCACAUACCAGCGCUACGACGUGGAUGACCCCUUUUCCGUGGAGGAGGGGUUCUCCUAUGCCACCGAGGGCGAGAGCCAGGAGGACUGGGGUGGGCCGGCUGAGGACAAAGGCUUCUAUUACCAACAGAUGUCAGAUGCGAAGGCAAACAGCCGGACCAGUAGCAAAGCGAAAAGCAAAAGCAAACACAAACAGAACUCGGAGGCCCUGAUCGAGAAUGACGAGUUAGAUUGCUCUCCUGAGUAAGGCGCAGGAGCCUAGAGAGGGUAAAUCAGCCUGUGUUCUAGAAGGUGGAAACUUCUUCCGACUCUCAUUUCACAAACCCAGCCUUCCCCAAGGUCCAUCCCCAGGCAUAAUCUGUCAUUUGCUGUUUCUGCUGUUCAGGGGAAUACCGUUGAAGGGUUUUACCCAGGGCCCUUAGCCAGCCCUCUCGUUAAAAAA